AUGAAUGAAGGAGGAUCUUGUUCCAAAGAACCUCUACAGCACAAUGCUUCAAUCGAGGGGGAGGAUCCAUCUUCUUCAUUACAGAAGAGUUCACAUGUUGAGGGGGAGGACAGUUCUCAAGCUACUCCCGAACGAUCAGCAGUACCCGAAGGUGCUUCAACACCCGAAAGUGUUACACCACCCGAGGGUACUACAACACCCGAAAGUGGUACACCACCCGAAGGUGCUAUAACACCCGAAAGUGCUACACCACCUGAAGGUGCGUCAACACCCGAAAGCUCGAUACCUCCCGAAACCCCUGUAGCUCAAGAAAAUCAAGACAUAUCUGAAAGUUUAUCUGUCGAGGAGGAGAAUGUCGAUAUGCUUUAUGACGAUGACAACAAAAUGGCAGGAUUUAAUAUCCCCGGGGAUCCCUACUACCCAAACCAGGGAAAUGUAGGUUGGGUCGAGGAGGAUCCAGAAGAGGAUCCCGAAGAGGUUUCCGAGGAAGAUCCAGUAGAGGAUCCCGAAGAAGAGGAAGAGGAAGAGGAAGCAGAUGAUGAGGGCACUGACUCAGAACCCGAGGUCUACAACCCUCCCCAUGUAGUACCAAAUCUCUGA